AUGGCGCAUCAGUCGCAAGUAGGUACGCCUGUAGAAUCUAAGUAUGAUACUUUGGGCAAAUCACUGUACAACUUGGUGUCUUUCUUUGAAGGCUACGACCAGCAGGUGUUGUCCAUGUGUAUGAGGGCUUUCGAGUUGACAUUGGGUUUUUCUCAGUCUCAGUUGUCUACAUUGGCAACCGUAUCUACUAUGUCCCGCAUGGGGUGCUGCAUAAUUUGGGGGUUGCUGGUUGACAGUUAUAAUUCUAACUUAGUACUUGGUGGAGGUCUGUUGGUGAUGGGAAUGGCUUCGAUAUUCUUAAGUUCCGCGUCACAUUACAAAGUGAUUGUGUUCUUGCGCUUUUUACACGGCUUUGGAUUUGCCUGCGUCUACCCUGUGCAACAAAAGAUUGUUGCUGAUUCAACUAGUUCAGUGGGAGACAAGAAAGAAAGGGAAUCAAAGGCUAGUGGUAUGUUCACCAUAUUUCAGGCUUUAAAUUGCAUUGGAAGAUUGCUAUGCGCUGUCAUAACCACCCUUAUUGCACGCAAAGUAUUAUUGGGAUAUUAUGGCUGGCGCACGUCCUACGUUGUGUUAGGCUACAUAUGGAUAUUGUUUGGUACGGCAAUUAUAUUUGGAAUGAAAGCUGAGCGUUUACAAUCUACGGAUGGUUUUACGGCACUGUUACGUGGAUCCUUUGAAGGAGCUUUUAGGAGAUCAACAACAUGGAUUUUGAUAUUUACAUUAUUCAUCGCAGAAGCUCCAAUGUCUGCUUUUAAUUAUAUGACCAUAUACUUGCAAUAUUUGGGCGUAUCUGACACGAUGGCCGGAGUUGCCGUUGCAGUUACGUUGAUUGGCGGAGCAGCGGGUAGCGGUGCUGGCGGUGAAAUUAUAAAGCUAAUUGCGAAAGAAGCUGACGGCCCCGGAGAACUAGGUUCUGGUAUCGCAGUGAUGGUAGUCCGACUGGUUGUGUGCCUAUUAUUUUUCUUAGGGAAACCACCAUGUAGUAAGUUGCUUUGGUAUCACUAUAUAGAGUUGGCGGCGCUAGGUGGUACAUUGGUAACUGUUGGUGGUGUGGAUAGGGCCCUUCUGAAAAAAGCAAUUGAAGAUAAAUAUCAAGGCACAGCAGCUGCCAUGAUUCGUACCAUAUCCGGAAUAGCAAGCAGCGUGGUUCUCUUCCAGGUUUGUGCAUAUUUGACGGAGAAGGUGUUCGGCUAUGUCCCCUCCAGGGAGUCGUUUGAUACAAUGGCUACGGAUAUUAAAGAGAGAAAUUCGGAAGCCCUGAGAAAAUCUAUGAUGUACAUUAUAUUGGCAGGGACAUUACUUAAUGUUCUUUGUUAUGGAGCAUUAUUUGCUACAUAUAAAAGUGAUAGGGGCAAUGUGGAAUCAACAAAUAAGGAACACGAAGAGAAAGCAAAACCAUUACCUGUAUCGUCAUCAUCACCAUCAAAUUAA